GUAGAUAUAACGUUAACUACACGUGUUUGUCAAUCUAAUUUUUUUAAAAAAUUACUGCAUUGCUUCAGUUGCAUCUGUAACAAGGACGUCUACACCACUGAACUUUCAAAGCUUCGGCUAUUUCACACACACAUACACACACACACAAUAUAUAUGUAUACACAUACAUAGAUCACUGAAGAACCAGAAGUGAAUACAUAAAUAAACCACAAGUUCGGAUUUAAACAGUGAAGUACAAUAUUGGUGACAGACACACCUAAAAUAAUUUACAAGAUUUCAAUUCCGGUAUCUAGUGUUCUAAAACAAACACGUCAGUGAUUUCCUUCAUAUACAAAAAUAUAAAAACAGGUAUUUCAUAAUAAUAAUUAUUAUAAACAAUUAUCAAAACACAUGGAAAUUGGUCCAAAUUUAUGUGUAUGGCCAGUUCAAUCGGGGAUAAGUCAUGAUCAAGAUCAUGGAUUUGAAUUAAACUCUAUGCAAAAUAUUUCACCGAUUGUACAACAGAAAAAUUCAUUUGUAUUCAAUCGACCAAAUGAUGUUUUAGAAUUGGAAAGUGAUAGUGAAAGUGAAGUUGAAGCUAGUUGUGAUCGUCAUCAUCAUCAUCGCCAUCACCAUUUUCUUCAUCAAGGACACCAACAAAAAAAACAUAAACCUGACGAAAAUCAUUCUCAACCUCAGUGGAAUACUGAAUUAAUUCAUUUAUCUAUAGAUGACGAUGAUGAUGAUGAUAACGGGGGUAAUGUCAAUGACCUGACUGUUGAAGAUGCUGAUGAAGAUGAUGAUCUCAAGAAUGAUCAUAAUGUGAAUACACUUAGUGAAUCAAAUUUAAAUGAUAAACAGUUCUAUGUCAAUGGAAAAAAUGAUCAGAAUCCAUGUGAUCCUCAUAAUAAAAAUAAUGAGAAUAAAGAUUAUACCUGUGGAUUUUGUGGUUCCGACUUCAAUACAGCUGAUCAAGUUGAAAGACAUGUCCUAAUGAAACAUUCAGAUAAUUUGGUUACUUUUAACGACAGUAAAACAACACCCGUUAAUACUACGACUACUAUCCCUAUCGAAUCAAUAGAAUGUGUUGCCCAAAGAGACAUUAAAAAAUCAACUGAAAACGACAAGCUACUCACAAGCAUGCUCAACACCUCCUCUUCUAAUAUUCAUUCAGAUGAUCAAGUGCCUAUAAUCAAUGAUAAUAAUAAUAAUAGUAAUCAUAAUAAUACUAACAAUUUUCCAGCAACGUCUACACUCAACCCAAUGAUUACAGAUUGUCCCUUAUGCGAUCGAACAUUUGUUGGACGUCGUUCCUUAAACAUACACUUGAAUAAAACGCAUUCCAUUAGAGAAAAUAGUAACUAUAGUAGUAAUAAUAUGGAAAACAAUGCUAUUGUAACUUCUGCAACUACCAUUAAUACUACUAAUACAAAAUUAACAACUAAUAAUAGUCAUAUAGAUGUUCAACAAUCAAAGUGUAAUUCACCAACAAAAUUAACACGUUCUACCUACUCACAUUCACUAAGGGGUUCCAAUAGUACUACUACUACUAAUAAUAAUAAUAAUACAAAUAGUAAUAAGACUACUACUGAAACAGUAAAGGUUGCAGGUGAAAAAUCAACAAAUAAAAUAGUUAUUCGACCACCUCUUCUGCCAAGACCAUCACGUCUCGAAAAUUCAAAAAUGGUUACAAUAACAUCACCUUCUAGAUCAAAUACAGACAGUGUAAAUAUGAAUCUUCAAUCACCUUUAUUAUCAGAUACUUUUGCAUCUAAAAAUAAUGAAACUGAAGAAUCAAUGCUACACAAAUCUUGGCGUACUGUCUACGCAGUUUCACCUCCUUUAGCAACGGAGCAUAGUGGUCUCAAACUUCGUAUUAUCUCAUUAGAUGCAGCGAAGAAAUCAUCAAAUUCACACACAAAAACACAAAAUCCUAAGAAUAAGUCUUUGACCAAAACACAUCUGAAUGAGGAUUCGAAAUCAAUAUCUCCAGUCUGUUCGCCUCCUUCAUCAUCUUCGUCAACACCAACAUCAACAUCAACAUUUAAAACGCCUAAAAAACCCACUAUCAUGUUAGAGGAAGAAGGAGAAGCCUUUUUCUCAUCGACUGUGGCACACUUGAAAAGUUCAUCUUUAGUGAAUACAAGCACAGAUACUGAACACUCUUAUAUGCCUAGUAUUUCUGAAUCAAAUGUUUGUUCAUUUCAAAGAAGUCAAUCUUAUCCUUUACAUAUAAAUGAGACGUAUAAAUUUCUUGAAGAUGAAGAUGUCAAUACAAAAUGUAACUUUUCCAAUGGUAAACUAUCCUCGUUAAACUUUGAUAUUAAACCAAUUAAUCCUUGUGAACUGUCUACUCUGUCAACAAGAGAUGAUGAUUACACUAAAAAAAAGUCUGAAACAAUGGAUACAAGUCUUCGAACAAGUGAUGGUCUGUAUAAAUGUCGUAUUUGUAAACGAUUAUUUGCUAAUCGUUAUUCCUUAACAGGACAUUAUAAAUCACAUUAUGAACCAAGUCAAAAACCGUAUUGUUGUGAUGAUUGUGGUCAACGUUACACUUCACCAAGUAAUUUACACUAUCAUCGUGGUCGUAAUUGUCCAGUAUUAAAAUUAAAAGCUAUUCAAGAAGGAAAACUUAUUCCAACUAGUGUACAUAAUACAAAAUUAUUAGAAUUAAAAGCUUUAAGAGCUGUUGAAAGAAAAGCUUUAAUGAAUAAAUUGAAAGAUCAAACUACUGAAGACAAAACUAGCAAUGAAAUUAAAAAUACCAAUAAUGAAUUAAAUCGUCAUCAACCACCUGUACAUAAGAAAUCACGUUUUACUGAUUCAAAAUCCAAUAAUCAUUUGAAAAGUUCAAAAAAUGAUAAUACUAUAGAAUUUUCAGAUAGAAAUUUUUUUCUAAAAGAUGGGCAAAAAACAGAAACUUAUGUAUCCCGUCUAUCGAUCAGUACUAAUAGUACUCCUACUACUAAUACUACUACUACUACCACUACUACUACUAAUAAUAAUAAUAAUGAUAAUAAUAAUACAACUUAUAAUAAUAGUAAUAAUGUAGUGCAACACAAUGAGGAUGGCUUUCAAAUGCAUGAAAUAUUAAGAUUAUUUUUAAUGCAUGCUUAUCAAUCUGAUGAAUUACGUCAACAAUUAUUAUCUCUUACAUCAUCUGCAUUGCUUAACGCUUUAGUACCAACAAAUGGACUUCAUUCAGGUUUAUCAUUGAAUCAAAAUGUUACAUCAAAUCAACAAUUAUUGAAUUUACUUUCUGGUGUUAUCAAUUCUGUUAACUCAAUGGAAAGAACUGAUGUAAGUAGUACCAAUGUCAAUGGUAAUAGUAAUACUACUAGUAGUAUAAAUAAUAAUAAUAAUCUACCUUAUAUGCAGCACAAAUCUAUAAUGGAAACAGUUGAGACACAAUCUACCAACACAUCACCAAGAGUAGAAGAACCAACUGAUCUUACAAGUACAUCCCGUAAAUAUAGUCAACAGAAUGAGCAAUCAACUAUUUGUGGUGUUCAAUGUCCUAUCUGUCAUCAUCAGUCGAAUAUAUAUCCAGAUCUUCAAGCAUUAGAUAAACAUAUGUUCUUAGUGCAUGGUAAAUAUCCAAGAUCAUCAACAGGAACAACAACACCACCCAUAAUAAGUGGUUCAUCGAAAUCUUUUCCUAGAUGUCAUUCGUUAACGGAACCAAUGCCUUCAAAUAUUGACAGAGAUAUGGAGAUUAGUAAUUCUUUACCAAUUACUUCAAUUACACUAAUGCAACAGAAACAACGUCAUCAAGAAUCCCAACAGUCUUUAAAUUACACAGAAGGUUUCUCUUCUAAAAAUAACCAUAAUCCAUCCGAUACUAUUGACCAGUCAUCAUCGUCUUCAUCAGUAGUAUCACCAUGGGGUUUCAAACCAUCCAGUUUAGUCUCAUGCACUGAUUGUGAUCGCGAAUUUUCGACAUAUACUGCUUUCCGUGUACAUCAUACAAAAUCGCAUCAACAAACUUCUGGCAGACAAUAUCACCGACAGCAUAGUGACCAUCAUCACCACCACCACCAACAAUCACAAUCACAGCGUAUCAGGACACAGUUGAAUUCAAUAAGUCAAGAUUUACCGCCUUCAAUUAGUGAUCAGUGCAAUGUGACAUAUAUGAACGAUAAUGACAGUGAAUAGUAAAAAAAAAAAUUAGAGUUUAAAUAUGCUUCAUAUUUCUCUAACACCAAUACAAGCAUUCAAGUGAAUAUCCUUAAAGCCACAUCAUGUCAGUAUGGUUAUCUAAUCAAUAAGUUUUAUCUCUAAGAAAAUAGGAACCAAGACAUAUGUAUGUUCAUAUGCAUUGUGAACUUUCUUCUGUUUGAAUACGAAAACCGAUACUGAACUGUGUCUAUAUUAUGCAUCUAUAUACUUUUAAGCGUUCCUACUAAAACAGUUUGUUUCAAAUAACGUCACUAGUAUUGAUACGUGUACAAGAAUAUCCCAUUGAAUACAUCUAACUCAACUGAUUUGUAUACGAGAUAUAUAGUUGUAAUUGUUUACAGGUAAUCAUUGAAUUUUCAAUACUAAUUUCAGUUUAUUCCCUAUUUGAUGAGGUUUUAUUUUUUACCUUAUAAUUAUUUCUUCUUUCUUGGAUGUUAUUUUGUUGAUAAUUUGAAAAAUAUGUAACAAUAAGUAAUAAGUAUUAUAUUGUUGUGAAGAAAAUUUCUUACAACACACUUCAUCAUUACUAUUAUAUAAUCAUUGUUAUACACAUUAAUGUUUUUUGUAUUCAUUGAAACAAUUAGUAAACAAUUUAUUUUAAACGCGUUUCUAGUCUGAUUUGAUUCGCGGUUAGAAUGUUCAAUGUCAGUUGAACAAAUGGAAGAAUAAUAAAGAUUCAAUUCAUAACAAUCUAUUCUCUUUUCAGUACUAAAUACUAUCAAAAUAAUUUUUAUCAACUUUACUUAACAUAUCCUUUCCUUUUUACUUGUUUACACUUAAUAAUUAUUCAUAUAUGCAUUCACUGAAGACAAUUGAACAAUGAAUACAUAAUAAAUUGAUUUCUCUUUUUCUUGAAUAACUUUAAUUAUACUUUAAUUUUACUUGAUUCCAGUUUAUUCUUUUCUGUUUCUGUUAAAUAUAACACAUUUUCUGAAUCUGUUU